AUGCUCUCAAACUUAAGAGGCAACCAGCGCAUGGAAGUUUUAUCCACUCGAUCUUGCCAUAUUCCCCCAUCAUACCACAUGGGCGGAGUUCACCUGGUGAGAGUCCUCGAAUUUGAGGACGGCAUGAAGUGGGUUGCACGCAUCCCAUUAGGCCAGUGCACCAGCGACACCAAGAAACGCUUGCUUCAUGAAGUCCACAUACUUUCUUUGCUUCGUGAGCGAACGGAGAUCCCUGUCCCGAAAGUGUUCGGUUAUGAGACAAAUGGGAAUAUAAUCGGCCGUGCCUUCAUGAUCAUGGAAUUGAUACCUGGCAGUACUGCGAUGGAUGCUUUUGGAGGCUGGGAAGUGCACAAUGGUGAAAUACCAGCUAGAUUCAAAUCAGCGUUCUGCCGCAGUAUUGCAGAAAUACAGGUUGCCAUGUCUGAAAUUCGAUUUCCUAAGAUUGGUAUGAUUAUGAGACAUGCCGGUGGUUCAUACGAUGUCGACUCAAUACCUGGUAUAGGAGGCCCCUUCGAAACCGCAGCUGAAUAUUUUGCCGCAUGGAGCAACACCGUCAAGUUUCCAAUGCGAGACAUCGAUAUCAGAUCCCGUUUGCCAAGUCAUUGGCAUGAUGAAGUGCCUGCAUCAAUCGGAGGUUUUCCUGAUAAAAUCAAAGAAGCCCUACAUAUAUUAUCCGUCAAAAACGAAGGCCCUUUCCCCCUCUUUCACCCAGACUUUCGACAUAGUAAUGUUAUCAUCGACGGUGAUUAUAACAUUCUGUCGGUUAUUGAUUGGGAACAUGCGGGCACGGUCCCGUGGGGGGUCGUCGAUUUUCCACUGUUCUUGGGUGUUGUACCUCCCCCAAUGGAUUUACCAACAAAUUAUGAUGCUGAGGGAAACCCCGUUGACGAAGAGACACGGAAGUUACGGAGGGAAAGGAACGAUUAUGUGCAAAGUGUUAGAGAUUUCGAGGAGAGAGGCUCUGACAACAGCCUUUCUACUAUUUUGGCCUCGCCAUAUAUUCAGAAUAUUGCGACUGCCCUGGGGCUAUACGAGAAUGGGAAACUUGGGCUUUACUGUAAACUGUUCGAUGAGCUCUAG